AUGUGGUUGCUGCGUCGCUCCUGCACGACGUUUGUGGCCCACACACUCCCGCCGGCGACGGCGGCAAGGAGACAGCCACCGGUGGCGGCGGGGGUGGCGACGGUGGCGUGUGCCGCCUCUUCCACCAACUCACGGGGCCAACUCAUGAAGGACGCGCAGGCGCACGCGAUGAAGGCCAGGGUGGGCUCUGGCGGGAAGAGCGGCGACAGCAAAACUGGCAACGCGGGCGGAGGCGUCUCUGCGAGGCACGCGGUGGGACGCCACGCGGCCGGCGGGGCGGGCCGGACAGUGGUGGCUGUGCCGUUAGAGAAAGGCGUCGGCGGCCCAGCUGGCAGCCACGCCGGCGGCGCGGGCGAUGAGGCGCUGGCGGAGGCGGUGCAUCGGGUGCGUGCGGUGCUGCAGAGUUACCAGCGAACAACACCCCCGGAGGCUGCCGCCGCUCCGCCGUCGCCCUCACCACCCCUCCCGCCCCUUUCAGCGGAACAAGAAAGGGGCUUGGAAAACUGCGAGGAAAUCGUGGCGGCGACUGCGGCGCUGCUUGAAAAGGACGCUACCUUCGGCCCGCGCCUCCUCUCCUUGCUGUCAGGUGACGCCCUCCGGACACUGCUUGUCAUUGGCACCACGCAGGAGUACUUUGGCCAAGACGCCGUUGAGGCGCAGCUGCGGGCGGUGGACAAGGACCAGGAUGACAACAUCUCCUCUCAGGAGUACGACGCCUGGGUGAACACGGCGGUGCGGGAGCGUGCAGCCAAGCGCUGCGACCCGCCUCCCGCGGCGGCGAAGGCGCAAGACGCCACCACGUCAGCGGUACAUACCGCCGUCACCACUGCGGCGACCACGACGAAGGCUGCCGCGGGUUACAUCUCUUGGGGUUUGUGGCACCGCAUCGCACUGUCCGCCGCCAUCCCGUUCAUGGCAUUUGGUAUGCUUGACAAUACCAUUUUUGUGACCGUCGGUGACGCCAUUGACAAGAGAUGUGCGGAGGCCUUUGGUCUGUCGACGAUGGCAGCAGCGGCGCUUGGCGGUGUCGUGUCGGGGACGGCUGGCAUUCAAAUGCACGGCCUUGCGGAGCGCCUGUCGCACCGGUCAGUUCUGGCACAGCCGCCCACGCUCACGCAUGCGCAGCGCGCCUCGGCGUCGAGUGGGAACGCCGCAUGGGUGGGUAGCACCGUCGGCAUGAUGGUGGGCCUUCUGUUUGGCAUGGCGCCGCUGCUGCUCCUGUCGUCUACAUCUGCCUCCUGGGGCGAGAGAGAGCGGACCGCAAAGGGGUGA